AGCAACGCUGUUCAUAAUGUUUUCCGGUCCAACAGAGGGCAGCAUAGAAAGGCGUUGUGUGUUUGAGUUGGAGACACGUGGUGGUUGUAAUGGGACGUCCAGGAUUCACGCCACGGGGUGACCGUGGUGGUAGAGGUGGCUUUCGAGGCGGAAGCUCAGAUCGUGGUGGUGGAGGUGGCUUUCGAGGUGGAAGCUCAGACCGUGGUGGUGGAAGAGGAGGAUUCCGUGGAGGAUUCAGAGGCGGCAGGGGUGGAGACAGGGGGAGCUUCGGUGACAGGAGCUUUGGUGACGGAGAACGCAAAAGCUUUGGUGAUGGAGGAGAACGUGGUGGCUUCAGAGGAGGUUUCAGAGGUGGUGACAGGGGCCGUGGUGGCUUCAGGGGAGGUUUCAGAGGAGGAGACAGGGGCCGUGGUGGCAGAGGAGGAUUUGGCCGAGGAGGAGGAGGAGGUAGAGGAGGACGUGGUGGAAGAGGUGGCAUGCGAGGUGGCAGGAAGGUAUUCAUUGAACCUCAUAGGCAUGAAGGUGUGUUUAUUGCCCGAGGAAAGGAAGAUGCUUUGGUCACCAAAAACUUGGUGAUUGGGGAAAGCGUGUACGGAGAGAAGAAAGUAGCCGUUGAGGAAGACGGAAACAAGAUUGAGUACAGGGUGUGGAACCCGUUCCGGUCUAAAUUGGCUGCUGCUAUUUUGGGGGGAGUCGACAAAAUCCACAUGCCGCCAGGCAGCAAGGUGCUCUACUUGGGUGCAGCAUCCGGCACUACAGUGUCACACGUGGCAGACAUUGUGGGCCCGGAGGGCCUUGUGUACGCAGUGGAAUUUUCGCACCGAUCCGGACGUGACCUCAUUGGUGUUGCCCAGAAGAGGACCAACAUCAUCCCAAUCAUAGAGGAUGCGAGGCAUCCACACAAGUACAGAAUGCUCGUUGGCAUGGUAGACACAAUUUUUGCAGAUGUAGCUCAACCAGACCAGGCCAGAAUUGUAGCGAUCAAUGCACACAGCUUCCUGAAGAAUGGAGGUCACUUUGUCAUUUCCAUUAAGGCCAACUGUAUAGAUUCCACUGCUGAGCCAGAGGCUGUGUUUGCUGGUGAGGUUGAGAAACUGAAGUCUGAGAGGUUAAAGCCACAAGAGCAGAUCACAUUGGAGCCCUAUGAGCGAGACCACGCUGUAGUUGUGGGCAUCUACAGGCCUCCGAAGAAGUGAGAGUUGACAGUCAUCGCAAGUUUGACAUCACUUUUAAUUUGUCGCACAUUAAAUCGUCUCAUUGUUUUGUUUGAAUUGUGUGCUCCAUAUUACUGGAUAUUAAAAAAAAUGUUUCAAAAGUUA